AUGUGGCUUCUCCUCACCUUCUCCUUUUUGCUGACUGCAGCAGCGGUCCAGGACGACACUGACAAGAUACUGGGAGGCGAAGAGUGUGAGCCCCACUCCCAGCCAUGGCAAGUGGCCCUAUUUGAGCGUGGACGGUUCAACUGUGGUGCUUCCCUCAUCUCUGCGCACUGGGUGCUGUCUGCAGCCCACUGCCAAACCCGCUUCAUGACAGCGCGCCUGGGCGAGCACAAUCUGCGCAAGCGCGAUGGUCCCGAGCAGUUGAGGACCUUGGCUCGCGUCAUCCCACACCCGCUCUAUGAAGCACACAGCCAUCGCCACGACGUCAUGUUGCUACGUCUAACCCGGCCCGCGCACCUCUCCCGGCAAGUGCACCCCGUGGCGCUGCCCACGCGUUGCCCCCAACCGGCCGAGGCCUGCGUGGUGUCCGGCUGGGGGCUGGUGUCUGAUCACAAGCCUGGGACCAAAGGGAGCACAGACUCACAAGUGAGUCUCCCAGAUACCCUGCAUUGUGCCAACAUCAGUGUUAUCCCGGCCGCCUCUUGUAACAAGGACUACCCAGGGCACCUGAUGGCCUCUAUGCUGUGUGCAGGAGCAGAGGGUGGAGGCACCGAGUCCUGUGAGGGUGACUCCGGGGGACCCCUGGUCUGUAGGGGAGUCCUGCAGGGCAUUGUGUCCUGGGGUGACGUCCCCUGUGACACUACCACCAAGCCUGGUGUCUAUACCAAAGUCUGCAGCUACUUGGAGUGGAUCAAGGAAACCAUGAAGAGGAACUAA